AUGUUCAACCAAAUCGACGUAUAUUUCAAUCAAAAGCUCGUAUCGCCACCAAACAAUGCUUACGUGUUCUGCGCGUACAUCGUGAUGUUAGUAAAUUAUGCUUCACCCGCAAAAACCUCCCAUCUAACCUCUUGCUUAUGGGACGCGGAUAUCCCUGGUUACAUGAACGAUACGUUAGACGCGUCAAAUCCAAAUACAGCGCUCGAGAUACGCGCGCAAUACAUUCGAGGAAAUCACGCCCUAGAUCUUAUUAGUCAUCUUCACUGCGACGUUUUUAAUCAAGAUAAAUUUUUGAAUAACAGAGUGGAGGUUAGAAUGAGACUCGUACGUUCGAAAAAUUUAUUUUGUCUUAUGGAGAGUAAAACGUUAUCAAAAAUACGCAUUCUUGACGCCAGUCUACUCGUAAGAAAAGCAAAAAUAAGCUCGGGCGUGCUCCUCGCGCACGCCAGAAUGCUGAGUAAACCUACUGCCAAGUAUCCCCUUACGAGGACCAAAGUUAAAACAUUCACGAUACACUCCGACGUCGUGGGGGAAUCAAUAGACAACGCAAUACUCGGACAGCUACCGAAACGAAUAAUAGUCGGCUUUGUAUCAAGGCGUUUAAUGGUGAGAAAAUUAAACCCAUUUAAUUCCAAAAAUUACGGAAUAAAUUUCUUUUCACUGUACGCCGAUGGCAUGCAAAUUCCCAGUAGACCGAUUCAACCAAAUUUUUCAAAAAACGAACUCUACAUUGAAGCUUAUCACACAUUAUUCUCGGGAACCGGCAUUCACUUUCUAAACGAGGGUAAUUCUAUAAGUAGAGAUGAUUACGCCAACGGCUACACUCUUUUCGCUUUCGAUGUUACUCCAGAUCUAUUCGCUAAUUGUGCUGGACAUUGGAAUCUCGUAAAACGCGGAAGCUUACGAUUAGAAGUGAGAUUCGAAAAAGCUCUUUCUGUGACUAUUAAUUGUAUCGUUUAUGCCAAGUUUGAUAACGUUUUAGAAAUCGACUCUUCACGUCAAGUCAUUGUCGACUUUUCGAAUUGA